UGUGCGCAGCCAAGUCGCUCCGCGCAGUACCGCGCGUUCGCGCGAGUACACCGAGUGUACGUCAAGUCGCGCGCCUCGUCGCGGAGCCCGAUUGCGAUCCGUCAGCGCGACGAUGCCCGCGCCCGUCCCGCUGCGAAGGAAAAAAAAAGAAGAAGGAACCACCGAGCGGAUGUUUGCUGAGCUCGGUUUCGUGAUGGACGGAAAUGCGUUCGCCAGUCCAGGGGGGGAUCGAGAGUCGAGAUCGAGAGCGGAGGCUCCGCGGUAACGGCGCCCGAUUUCGGGCCGCGACGAGACGUGAAAAGCGAAGAAUCUCCCUCGCGCUCGACUCGCGCGGUUUGCCGUUUGGCGUAUAGCUGAAAUAGCUGCCGGCGUGAAACGAGCCCGCCAAUGAGAGUGCCGGUUCUCGCGGGAUUCUUAUUCUCCCCGUAUGAGCCGAGCUAUUUUAACGGAGGCUAAUUCGGCGGCAUCAUUUUCGCGGCGACGCGCUCGCGGGUUACGGUUUUGCCGUCUCCGGAUUUCCGCUGCCGUCUACGACCUCGACUCGGCCGCGCCUCCUUACGAGUCCUGCGAAUGCCGCCGCAAGCAAGGCGAACACGCGACGAGACGGCGGCAGGGACGUCGGCGAGCGGGCUGACCACCGACCCCGCCGGGCAGGGGGGCGAUCGAGGACCUCGGUAGCUCUCGGAUGACCGACUCGCCAUGUCGACGUCAGAGAGGAGCACGGUGCCCCCGGCACCUCCGGGUCCGUUCCUGGGCCCGAUCCUCGGGCCCAACCUCGUCGUCGAACCCCCACGACCUCCGCCGCUCCACGUACCCUCCGUCGAUGUCGCCUCCGGCCCUCCGCGCCGCCUCGUCGCCGCUCCCGACGCCGUAGGUGGCAACGCCAAACUCCUGCCGCAGCAGGAGACUCCGACCCCCAAGACGAAGAUGAAGACCAUCAACUGGAACAAAAUCCCGCAUCACAAGGUCAUCGGGAAACGCAACAUUUGGUCCCUCGUGGCCGACGAGCACCAAAACUCUCCGAUGGCCGACCUCGACUGGUCCGAAAUGGAGGGACUCUUCUGCCAGCAAGUGCCGAUCUUCUCCUCGAUCGCCUCGUCCUCCGGUUCCGGGGGUCCUUCCUCCGACACCGAGAAACGCCGGCGAGAACACACCGAGAUUGUGCUGCUCGACGGAAAGCGAAGCCUGAAUGUCAACAUCUUUCUUAAACAAUUCAGAAGCUCCAACGAUGACGUCAUUCGACUUAUCCGAGAAGGUGAUCAUGGCGACAUUGGAUUGGAAAAACUUCGAGGCUUGCUGAAAAUCCUGCCGGAGGUCGAAGAGGUGGAGAAACUUAAGAACUUCGAAGGCGACAAGUCGAAGCUCGGCAAUGCCGAGAAGUUCUUCCUCCAGCUCAUGCAAGUGCCAAACUAUAAACUGCGAGUCGAGUGCAUGCUGCUCAAGGAGGAAUUCGAGGCGAAUAUUAGUUACCUCGAGCCGAGCAUAAACUCCAUGAUUUUGGCCGGCGAGGAUCUCAUGACCAAUAAAGCUCUCCAAGAGGUGCUCUACAUGGUCCUGGUUGCUGGGAAUUUCCUCAAUUCGGGUGGAUAUGCGGGGAACGCGGCAGGAGUUAAAUUGUCGUCGCUGCAGAAGCUGACGGAAAUCCGCGCGAACAAACCAGGAAUGAAUCUCAUACAUUAUGUCGCACUGCAAGCGGAGAGAAAAAGGAAGGACCUCCUCGACUUUGCCAGGAACAUGAGCACUCUGGAAGCUGCAACGAAGACGACGGUGGAGCAGCUUAGUAACGAGUUCAAUAGCUUGGAUACCAAGAUCAAGAAGAUCAAGAGCCAGAUCCAACUGCCCACCACGGAUAACGAUAUCCGAACCCAAAUGUCGCAAUUUUUACAGAUUGCUGAACAAGAAAUGAAAGAGCUGAGAAAAGACAUGGCGGAACUGGAGUGCGUGAGGCAGUCACUCGCUGAAUUCUUUUGCGAGGACACGAACACGUUUAAGAUCGAAGAGUGCUUUCGAGUGUUCCAUCACUUUUGUCAAAAGUUCAAUGAAGCGGUGGCCGAAAAUGAGAGACGUCGGAUUCAAGAAGAGCAAGUCAUCACUAGACGCAAGCAACGGGAGGAGCAACUUAAGGCUAGGAAACGAUUCCUGAGCAGCCAGAACGAGAUUCCUGUCUCGGAAUCUGAGAGUAAUCUCAUUGAGUAUGGGCUUUUUGAUGUUCAUACGUCUCAGAGGUCGUACGGCCGCAACGAUGCCAAGAUGAAAAGACUCCAAAACGGCGGUGUUACCUCGGAUGAGGAUAUCUCGAUCACAGGGUCACCGAGCAUUCGUCGACGUCUUGGAUCGGCAAAUCUGGACCAACAAUCAACCAAAGAAGAUACGUACUCGCCCGACAUUACGCCGAACGGGACGUUAAGGCGACGUAGAAGUCGCGUGCCCUGUGAAGACGACGACGGAAAUCUGCUGGAUUUCCUCAGAAUUUCAGGCCAAGAAAAUGCGCGAGAGAGGAAAUCGUGGGGAAGCUUAGAUCGAUCAUGGGCUCGGAGAGCUCGAGGUCAACCAAAGCGAAGCGAUUUGCUAAACGCAGAUUUUUCUGGCGAUCGCGAACGACCAAGUUCCCCUUCGCCUUUACUGGAAAGCAAGCCAUUCUUGCAGGAAGAUGAACUGCAACCAGCUGGGAAAGCCUGGCGGCAAAAAAUCGAAGCCUGGUUAACAGAAAACGAAAAGGAAGAACGAGCCGGUGAGGAACAUCGGAAGAGAGCGAAGGAACUGCAAGCAAAUCGCAGAUCAUUUGAAGAUUCUGAGAGCGAAGGUAAAAAUUCUACGUUGAAUAUUACAGUAGAUGACACCGCAACGCCCGAAGGAUACUCGAAUGUUUACGACUGGCGAUCAAUGGGCGAAAAAUGUGAUGCAAAUCGAUCGUCGGAAGCAAUGGAGGAACCGCAAGUUCCACACAAGGAUAAGUCUUUCUGGAGAAAAUCAAACCUGAACAUCCCCAGCAACGCCGAAGAUAUGCGGAAAUUGCGCUCAAGGCAUUCCACAGAGAACAUAGUUGGAAGCAGUAAUUUACAGGCUAUCAGGGAGGAGGAACGCAAACGACAUAGAGUAGACGAAGCGACCGAAACGAAUCCUACCAGUUCGGAUGAAUUAACGAUUUAUAUUAGGGAACCCUACCUAACGACCCAAAACACGACUGCUCGAAGGGGUUCAAAAUUCUCGAAGAAGAGUUUAGCAGAGGAGAGAGUCAGCGAUAAGAUAGAUAUUGACUCCGAUAACGUUGAGACACCCCCGGCCACGAGGAAGGUGUUCAGCCCUCCAAGAGAAGUUAAACCCGUGGAGAAGGAGCCUUGUAAAAGAGAACGCUGCAACAGUUCUUUCCACGGUAGAGACACGAAAGGGUUGACAACAAAGCCUGGGAACUACCUCGCCGAUCUCGGUAAUGGAAAUUUCGAUCGAUACGCAGCUGCCAGGAAGACCAGAAGGUACAAGAGGAGUCCGGACCUCCUCGGCGAUAAAGAAUCUAGACAAGACCGCUGUGAUGCUGGACUAUCCGAAGAGAAGCUCCAAAGGCCAAACACUCUAGCAUUCGCGGAAGAAGGGAAAGUCGACGACACAAUUUCCUGUAUUCGGCCAGAGGAUCCAAAACCAGGGGACCCGAAUCACGACAUCGACGCGGCUUUGGCGGAAAUUGCAAAAUCUGGCGAAGACCUGCAGCGACUUUCCAGGUCGACGUCUCACAGGAGCUCCAGGCUCCCUGUAUCUCAGCCUGCCCCGGUUGUGGCAGUAACGAACACUGUGUUGAGCCCUGUAAUGCAGGAGUCCCGACCAAGAGAGCCACCGGUAACGAUCCUGCCGGAAAGAGCGGUGCCCAGUCGAGAAAGACACAUGAGCAUGAUCGAUCCCAGCCAAGUAAAAAGAGCCAUGAGGUUGACCAGCAAUCCACCUAGUCGCAUUAGUCAGGAUACGGUUCCUUGCGUCAGUGCACCGGGUAACACCGGCGCGAUUAGUCCACCAGGUACCACCUGUGUUACCACUACCUGUACUCCGAGGAAUCAAUCACCAGAAGAUAGAUCAGACCUGGACCGAACCGACUGUCCUACCCGGGUGGAACCCUCUUACGAGCCCCAGGACGCCGAUCUCCAUUCCAACCGAGAAAGUGAACAACUCCAGGGCAAAACGGAGCUAGACACGACCUUGGGCCCCGCGUUUCAGAGCAGAUUCAUCCCGGACAUCGCGGUAACCAACGCACCCAUCAGUUCUUUGUCGCUCUUCGCGAAGCACAAGGACCAGGAGCUCAACGACGAGGGAUUCGAAGAGACCCAGAGUCUCGUCUCAGAGGCCUUCAGUCAAGAGACCUCUUCAGGGAAUUUCGAAGCCGACACCCAGAUCUCGAGCAGGUGUUCCCCUGCCGAGAUGGGGAACAUCUCCGUGAUCCAGGUCCCCGGCAUUUCGUGCUCGUCUCCGUCACCCUUGCCAUCGCCCUUGCCACCGGCAGAGCGAAUCGAUAAGAGCAACGCAACGACCCCCCGUAAACCGCCCCAGAAAAUCAGGUCGUUCGAGAGGAAGGUCGUGGGACCUGGACCCGGCAACGGAAGCUUCUUGCCAAAGAGGACUGGAAGCAUGAAGCACGAUAUUGCCAGGACUCCGGAUAUGUCUAGGAAAAAUCCCACCGCCUUACCGACCAGGGUGAAUCCGCCUAAAAACGAGGUUGAGAGGUCCAGCUCUCGCAGCAGCCUGAGGAGCUCACGUAGUUCGCUAAAUAGUGCUACUUCAGUCAACACCGUAAGAAACCUAGGACCCAACCACUCUCGCCUUGGUGGCUAUACCUCGGCUAUUCGAGCGCUGACCAACGACCUUAGGAAGAGCCACUUUGGGGCGGGAAUUGCAGGCAUGCCGGGCAUACCCGGGAUCCCCGGAAUCGCGGCCGACUCGCAGUUGUCGGCUAUGAAGGAAAGCGAGAAGCGGAAGAUUGCUUCUAGGAAUUCUGCCAGCAGGAUUCCCUCCGGGAGGAGCGCUCACCGAUACGGCUCUACUGCCGUUGGACUGCCUGGGAAAAAUAUCCCACGGUCCACAAAUGUCCAGUGCGACGUCCCGAAAAGAAACCCCGGAGUUUCGGCGUCGAGGAGCAGCAGCAGUGGCAGUAGUAUUGGCCAUCAGUCCAGUGGAACUCGAAGAAUCGCCAGAAACAUCGCGCCGUCCUCGAAGAGUCGUCCCGUCCAGUCGCACGCGACUCCGCGAAAUCUCAGUUUCAUGAGACCAACCGCCGCCAGCUCGAACAAGGGUUCCAUCUCGAAUCUCCCGAGGAAUGUCAAAAACCUGGUGAAAUAACGGCGACCUUAUGUAAUAGGUUCUGGCGAUUGAAAAGAAUCGCAUGAAUUCGCUUAAAUCCCACCAUCGGCGAAACGCUCGACGGUGGGACGUCCAAACCUGUUACCUAGCAAAGGCGACGCGAACCGCGUUCAAGAAUCUCAGCGAAUCUCGAAGAAAAAAAUAAGAAAAAGAAAAUAAGGAGAAAAUAAGAAAAACACGAAUGGACCUUGCGGUCUAUCCGAUUACGUGCUAAUUUCGCCAUUAAGCGAUACCAGGAGUGUGCACUGUAUAUUACUUUCGAGAAGAAUUUCCGAUGACGAUCGAGAAUUUCCAAAGAAAUAAGUGCUUAUUCUAAUCUCCCGUAGCCCUUCGGUCGCAAGAUUUCGGCCGCGCUGGCCUAUCCCCCCCCCCUUUUUUUUGGUUUCUCGUAACUCGAUUAGCAUGUAGAACAAAUACGGGAAGAUUUAUCAAGAGCCUUAAGGUGGCGCGAAGAAACGCCAACUGGAUGUAUCCAUGUUUCCGGUAAUACAAAGACAGAUAUCGCCGAAAGUCUAGUUUGAGCGAAGGAAUCUCUUGCGCGUCAUUUCUGAUAAAAUCGUAUCGUGUGUGUAUAAUAAUAAUAAUAAUAACAACAAUAACAACAACAACAACAAUAAUAAUUAUAAUAAUAAAAUACCUCUCGCCUCGAAAUUCGGGUUCCUCUUCGCAGAGGCAUCCGCGUGUUCGCGUCACCUUGGAUCGGUCUUUCUACGGUACUUAAGUAUUCCAGUGUGUGCAUACGUAAGAUAGGUGUACAUUUACUUGAUAUAAUUCCGAUUUUAUACAGAUGUUGUUUUUUUUUCUUUUUUACGCAAUACGUUUAUACAUGUUUUAUACGAAUGCACGCCACAUACGCGAACAAGGUACAUGUGCGCCUCAUAUAGCGAAAACGUUAAAUGCAUCUUCUUUUCGGGACGGCACUCUUUUCCAAGAUUGAUCAUUUACUCUUUAAAUAUUCCCGCCUUGAAAGACCUACGCUAGACAAUCCCACAAAAGGGAGCAAUUUUUUUAAGCUGAAUUGAGUGAAAUAAUCAUCCUUUAAAUUAACGUAAUAUUUCCUUGGUACUAUUCAAUGAAAUAUUUCUACGGUUCGAUACAAGUUUUUUCUCAGUGUAUGACAUAUAACUAUAGAAAGGGUCCUUCCACAGCUGUAGAAAUCAAAAAUACAAUUUACAAAGUUAUUCCUUUCUCUAGUUAUUCCACUAAUAGGGACUUGUGUCUAUUUUACAAUUGUACUGGUAACAUUUACCUCUUUUCUUUCAAAUGUGAAAAAGAGGCAUUCAGCGUCCGUCACCGGCAAGGUAGAAAUUCCCGUUUAGGCUACGGAACAAACUGUUUAUUGUAUACGCAACAUUUAUAUAAUGAGACUAACAUAUGUACGUACAGUGCGCGCCAGGGCGUAUUUUAUUGUCUAUUAAUAAAUUCAGUUUUUAACCUACUACCCUUACGCCAUUUUCAGUCGCCGGCGCCUCCGCCGUUUCGCCCUGUUUAGUCAGGCAUCACAAAGAAGAA